AUGAAACGAGCAAAGGUGGCGUGGAGUACAAUCCCAACGCCGAAAUCUGAGGGAGGUCUUGGACUAAGGCCGUUAAAGGAGACAAACAUAACGUGUUGUUUAAAGCUCAUAUGGACGAUCACUUCGUCUCAGUUUCUCUGGUAUAGAGAUAAGGCAAAGGAGUUCCAUCGAGUGGAGGUGAAGAAUGGUAAAAAUUCCUCGUUUUGGUAUGAUGCUUGGUCUGAUAUGGGUCGUCUAUUGGAUCUCACGGGAAUUAGAGGGUGUAUAGACAUGGGGAUUUCUUUGAGCGCAAAUGUGGAGAAGGCUGCUUCAAGACGUCCACGGCGGUAUCAAUCGGAUCUCUAUACAUUGAUAGAAGAAGCACUUCAAAAACAGAGAAGCAAUAUGACGAUUGAGGAGGAUAUCUCAGUAUGGAAGUACAAAAUGGAUGGGUUUAAACCAAAGUUCAGUACUUCUAAUACAUGGUCGCUUCUUCGAAGCCCUGCCCCUACAGUUACUUGGCACUCAAGUAUCUGGUUCGCUCACGCAACGCUGAAGUACGCUUUUAUGGCUUCGCUAGCAGUACUUAACAGGCUAACGACUGGAGAUAGAAUGCUAUCAUGGAAUAGGGGUAUUGAUGCGACUUGCAUUUUGUGCACACAACAAUUGGAAACAAGAGAUCACUUGUUUUUAGUUGUAGUUAUUCACAGGAGAUAUGGUCGAGGCUAG